AUGGCCGCCGUCACUAAGCCCUUGGUUCUGAUCACCGGUGCAAACCAGGGACUGGGAUUCGCGACAGCACAACAGCUUGCCAGCACUAGCCAAUAUAAUCUUCUUAUUGCCGCCCGCUCCCAGGAAAAAGCCGAAGGCGCAGUCAAGCAACUAAAAGGGUCUGGCACUAAUGGCUCUUUGACGCCUAUUGCUAUCGAUCUUGACCAAGACGAAUCCAUCACUGCAGCAGCCAAGUUCGUUGAAGAGCGUUUCGGAUCGCUGGAUAUCCUCAUCAAUAACGCUGGCAUCAACAGAUCGUCCGACCCAAAUGCUACUCUACGCGAGAGCUACCGAGCUGUGUUUGAAACAAAUGUUUUCGGCGUGGCAGUGAUGACAGCAACUUUCCUACCACUCCUGCGCGCAUCGAAGUACCAUGACCGACGUAUUGUCAACGUGACGAGCGGCCUGGGCCAAAUUGGCAUCGCGUACUCGCCAACUUCAGAGUAUAGUGCUAAGAUGUGGGAGCUGCCCGUCUACCGCAGUAGCAAGUCUGCGAUCAAUAUGAUUAGUGCUGUUGAUGCUGUUAGUCUCGAGAAGGAGAACAUUCUCGCUGUUCUAGCUGCCCCAGGCUUCUGUCGUACCAACUUUGGAGGUGGUCAGGGCGUCAAAUCAGCAGAGGAGGGGGCUCGGCCCAUUGUGCGGGCUGCUACAGAGGGUUCGCCAAAAGAACUAUUUGGAAAGCUUGUGGACGACGAGAACACGCUGGUCGAGUUCGGCUGGUAG